AUGGGCAACAUGUGCUCAGUUGAAGAAGAGUUCCAUUUUUCUGAAGAUAUGCCCCCGUUAUGCUCCAAUGUUGCAAACUGGCAAUGGCUAGCCAAUGGGGCUGAGAAGAUGAUGACUACACAAGAAAUAAUGAAGCGUGGAUUAUGUUGCUGUUGUCUUGUGAUCCCCAUUGCUGUUUCCAUAGUAAUCGCGCUUGUCUUGACGGGUUUCCUUGACGAUGACCCCAAUCCCCCAGAGAUUCAAGAUGGUUGGUGGGGAAAAGGUGAAAAGACAGAAGAUGACCUGUCCUUGAAGGGUAUCAAAAUAAUGGUGACAGAUAGCAUAAUUGAUGACUUAAAGGAGAGAUUGAGCAAGACGAGAUACUUUGACAGCUUGGAAGAUGCCAACUUCAAUUAUGGUUUUAGUGUGGACUAUAUGAAAGAGGUUGUAAAAUACUGGAGUGAGAAAUAUGACUGGAGAAAAGCAGAACUUGAACUGAAUGAAUAUAAACACUAUAAAACUCAGAUUGAAGGAAUAUUUAUUCACUUUGUACAUAUCAAACCUGAUGUCAAAGAGCAAGAUAUUGUUGUCCGCCCACUGUUGCUUGUUCAUGGAUGGCCAGGAUCAUUUUAUGAGUUUUACAAGAUGAUUCCACUUCUGACCAAACCUCAGAAUGGGCUUGUCUUCGAACUGGUGUUGCCAUCUAUUCCAGGAUAUGGUUUUUCUGAAGCAUCUCAUAAGCAGGGUGAGCAUGUCAAAUCUGUUACCAGAGGCAGAAAUUGCCAAUAA